AUCCAUCCAAGCAAAAAUUAGAAUAAUGAAAAAGAUGAAUGGAGCAAAAUGUUGUGAUUGAAAUUGUUGGAUUAUAUAUACACGCGUCAUCGUAUACGAAGCUUUAUGUUACUUUGUCCAAAGUUAAAAGGGUUGUAAAAUCCUGAGUUAGUUCAACUUCAACCCCAUUUCUUUCUCCAAGUUCACACACAUGGCAAAGGAUAGGUGUAUUGGUGUGGCUUUGGAUUUCUCCAAGAGUAGCAAGCAUGCUCUCAAAUGGGCACUUGAGAACUUAGCUGAUAAAGGUGACACCAUUUAUGUCAUUCACGUUAACCCCAACUCUCUAGACGAGUCUCGCAACCAGUUAUGGGCAAAAUCUGGUUCUCCUCUUAUUCCCUUGCAAGAGUUCAGAGAGCCUGAGAUUAUGAAAAAAUAUGGUGUUGAGAUUGAUAUUGAGGUUCUUGAUUUGCUUGACACUGCUUCCAGACAAAAAGAGGUGCACAUUGUUACAAAAAUAUACUGGGGGGAUGCAAGAGAGAAGCUUUUGGAUGCUAUUGAAGAUCUGAAGCUGGAUUCGUUGGUUAUGGGAAGCAGAGGCCUCAGCACAAUCCAAAGGAUACUAUUGGGAAGUGUUAGCAACUUUGUGAUGACCCAUGCUCCUUGCCCUGUGACUAUAGUCAAGGAACCUAGCAGCAGCAAGUAAAGAUGAUCAAUUUGGGAGAGAGCUUUUAAAUUUCAUAUGAUCUUUUUUCUUGCAUUGUACUUGAUCCAGUUGGGUCAUAUUCCCUUUCCUAAGUAUUUUGGUGUCUUCUAAGUUAUGAGUAUUUGAGUUAUAUAUAAGAUUUACUGUAAUCUAGCUUUCACUCGACAUUAUUGAAGGGAUAAUUUAAUUUGAGUGGCGUAUAAGGCCAUUAGGCCUUCAAAAUUUUAUUGUAGUAAUUGAAUUUCUUUGAUUUAAAUGGAUCAUAUACUCUGCACAAUCCAAUUCA